AGUCAGCUGUGUGAAUGUGAUUUAUGCAUCAUGAGUGUGCCUACAUCAGUACAUGUCGACGAAAGAGCAUUGUAAGUCUCAACAGUAGUUUGGAAGAGCUGUGCGGUAUCGCCAGGAAAUAAAUUUGUGGGACCCGGUGAUUCGAAGCGUGCUGUUGAUUUCGAAGAGUUAGUUAGUUUGCUGCGGAUGAGCCGCGUGCUGUGCGCUACUGUCCCAGUUGAUGCUAUCCCGCCAGCUCUUGUUCUCAACCACGGUCCUGGCACAGGCUGCUCCCUGAUCCCUGUGUACUAGAAACAGAGCACAUCCCGCAACUCGGCAACAACCAUUGAUGGCACCAGGCUUGUCCUUUUCGCUUGCGUGAGCUACAACCAAGACGCGACCAGAAUCACGGUGGCCCGCUCCGGAACGAGCUAGCCGCAAAGCACUCUUCCUGAUUGGCCAGGUGUAUCUGCCAGCAGCCGAGAGGAGAGUCUGGAGCGGUACAGUGUCGGACGGUCCAAUGCGAUUCAUUCAUAUCCAAGGACUCUGAAUCACAACGCCUUACGAGACACCCAACGAAGAGUUCUGAGCAGGCUUUGCACACCGUUCGUCUAGUCCUGGCGGCUUAGCAGCAGAGGCGACCAGUGUGCAGUGAGGACAGCGGAUGGAAUUGGUCUUGGAUAUGAGUGCAGGCCCUAGCACCGCACCCUCUCCGGCUCUACAACCUCUGGUCGAGCGUGGUUAACAGAGUGCUGAAAGGGAGCUCAUCACCAGCAGUUGUAUCUCCUGCUUAUAGACCUGCUGCAGCAAAUACACACACGCACACGCACUCCACCCCCCCCCCCCCCACACACACACACACGCGCAGACACGUACACGAACACACGUGUGGCAGCAACACAAUGUGCAUAAACGCAAGCGUCGGUUCGAACGUGCUCUCGUACAGAGUGCCUGAUGCGGCGCUGUACCUAGGAACGGCGGUUGCCAUAGCGUCAUGCCUCUGCAGCAUCAGCAUCAUCGCCGUGCACGUUCUUCUCCGCUUUCUAUCCAAGUCGGGUCCAGGCAUGCAGGCGCACUCACGUAUGUUUGUCGUUUUCAUAUCCGUAUGCGACGUAGGCACGUGCGUGCUGAACAGCCUGGGAUCGCUGACGUACGGCCAGCCGGGAACGCGCACGGCGUAUCUCGUGUGCCAGUGGCAGGCGACGCUGGGCAUCAUGCUGAACAUGGCAUUCGUCCUGUGGGUCCUGUCUUUCGUCGUCUUCCUCUAUAUCAUGAUCCCACGCGACAAGAUCAAGUCAGCCAUCAAGUACCGAUUGGUGUUCCACUGCAUCUCCUGGGGAAUCCCCAUCGCCCUCGCACUGAUCGUGUACUUUGUGGAUGCGGUGCCGUCGGCGCCGCGGAAUACGAGUGACGUUAGCCUUCAGAGCAGUGACGUGAUCAAUCAAUACUCGCGAGCAACCGUCGGUUGGUGUUGGAUAGCAGAACAACCGGCUCAGCCUAGUGGUCUGCGCUGUGACCAGGCGCGCCUGCUGUGGAUGCUGGUGGCGGGCAGAGGGUGGGAGGUACUCGCCUACGUCGUCAUGGGUGUGCUCGUCUUCCUGAUCCGUCGCUACGUCACCACUCUGAACUCACCACUGUCCCAGCUGUAUUCGCAUCCCAACGGUUUGCUGAUCAAGGGGACGAUGAAAACGAUCAGCGGCAAGGCGUACGCGCUGGUCGUCACCUUCAUCUUCCUGCGCGUCUGGGGCACGAUACGCGUGCUGUUCGACUACGGCGAUUACUACAACGAGCAUCCCACCGUCAACCUGGUCUUUGUCUAUUUCCAGGCUGUCGGUGACAAUGCGCAGGGCGUUGUCAAUCUCAUCCUCUUCGUCCUGAUGGCUCCAAAGAUCCGUGGCGAGCUGGCAGCGGUACUGUGCAUACGCUGUCGCCACUGCUGCUGCUGUUGCUGCUACCACUGCGAUGACUGGCGCUACAGACGGCAGAAGAACGUGAGCGAGGACAGCGGCGGGCUGGAGGAGAGCGCCGAGCGUCCGGCAGUCCUCAACGUAACGGUAGCGCCGAGAGACGCGUCUUUGUCAAGUCAGCUGACGACGACGCCACCGACCUCUCUAACGGUGAGUUCCGGCGGCGACCCGGACACGGCGGUGGCCAAUGGCAUCGCGGUGCACACACGCGUGCGCCGCCCUCACGGCCGAUCCAACGCGUCCUCGUCCGACUAUCGCUCCAGCGCCACCGAGCUGGAGAUGACCGAGAGUCACUCGCCGCGCAGCUGGGCAGGGAAGUUGUCGCGGCCGCACAGCCGCGGCCUGGACCUGUCCCAGCGCAGCCAGGAGUCCUACCUCUCGGCCAGCUCCAUAAACUCCUACCACACGGGCAGAUCGAGUGUUGUGCCCGUCUCCUCCCCGAUCACUGAAGACACGGAAACCGUCAGCCUGUACGUUCCCAGCAGCAGUGCAUCGUCGGCGACACCGAUGGCGUACGAAAGCCUCCCCGCCGCCACACUCCGGCCAACGUCACCGAAGGCGGCAGCACAACGGCCAAAGUCCCCGAAGCCGGCACCACGACCAAAGUCCCCGAAGCCAGCAGCAGCACGACCACCAAUGCAUGUAAUGGCCAGUACAAAGACGCCGCUUCUCUCCGACACAGACGACUACCUCCCGUAGAUGAAUAUUCGUUGCACACAGACGACCACCUCCCGUAGAUGAAUACUUAUUUAACACAGACGACCGUGUACAUGGUGAAUGCUCGUUGAACACAGAAGGUUCGUUGGUGGGUUUAUAUUUUACUUCGCACGUUCAAACGGAGAGGACCGUGUACAGGGCGAAUACUCGUUGUAUAGAUCAGGUUUGACACCGUAUACAUGAAGACCGCAAUGAUAAUCUAAAAAAAUUGCUUACUUCGUACAACACUGUUUUGCGGGGACUCUGCAUUUUGGGUAUUGCCGUUCAGGUCGUUUCGGUUGAUGAAAUAUCCCUAAAAGUUUCUUUCCGAUUUGUUGCUUCAUGUAUUUCACAGUUACACACAUGAUUCGGACUUUGCUUCAUCCCGGAUUGCAUGGGUAUAAGUUUCAAAGCACAGUUACUAGCCAUCUUUAGAGGAAACAAUCGAUACCGACUGAUGCUAGAAACCGUCACUAUUAUUUUUACAAGAUAACGGAUACGCUACGUAAACUAAUGAAUAGCCGGUAAAACAGCAAUACUAGUAGUUCCAGUUGAUCCUGUCUGCCUGCAGUGGAUUGCAGGUGCUGGACUCUAACAGAAUCUGAUAACUUCUAGCACAAUCAUUCUGUGUACGGUAUGAUUAAUCCUAUUUUCCCUGUCCCCCUUUUUUUUUUAUCAAUAGAGACCCUGCCAUCACAUACCUGUACUUGAAGUCGUAAGAUAAUUAUUAUAGUUGUAUUGUAAUGUGCGUUCAUGUGCAUGCCCUGCUACGUUGUGGUUCUAGUGAUUCAGUCUACAAUCCGAUUUUGCUUUUUGACGUAGAGAUAUAGCCGAUUGCAUUGCCAUCAGCAUAUUCUAGAGGCUACUAUUCUAAAUUCAAUAACUAGCUGUUUUUUUUAUUAUAGAGAAAUGCAUAUUGACUGUGAAGAAGGGUAAUCGGUAAAACAUCAA